AUGCAUGGUGCAGUUUUAGGUGGAUUUGCGGGGAAAAGUAAAUUUAAACGAGUGGCUGAAUGUGCUUGGCGUUUAUGCUUCUAUAUUUGUGCAUGGAUUACAGGCUUACUGAUAAUGUUAGGACAGCCACAACUGAAGGAUGUGUCCGAAUGUUGGAGAGGAUGGCCGCAUCACAACGUUACCACCCCAACUUGGUGGUAUUACAUUCUGGAGGCGUCUUUCUACUGGGCUCUUUUGAUCGGGACAGUGUGUAUCGAUAUUCGUCGUGCCGAUUUUAUGCAGAUGACACUCCACCAUGCGAUCACUAUUUUACUGCUUUACAUCAGUUGGACGAUGAACAUGGUUCGAGUAGGAACUCUCGUGCUGUUCGUUCACGAUGCAGCUGAUAUUUUCAUUGAGAUGGCAAAGAUUGUACGUUAUGCGGAGUGGAAAAAUGCUCUUAAUGUACUGUUCGUCGUUUUUAUAAUCGUCUGGACGGCAACACGUCUCAUAUAUUAUCCUUUUUGGAUUAUUCGAUCAGUUUGGUUCGAUGCUCCGGAAAUGAUUCAGUCAUCAUAUCAAUGGACGAAUAUAUGGCAACGGCCAGUGGUUCCUAGGAUAUUAAUGGUGAUGCUAUCUUCACUUCUCGUUCUUCAUAUAUUUUGGACUUACGUCAUUCUAAAGGUUGCAUGUAAGUCUAUGAAAGGUGGAGAGCUUGAUGACGUUAGAGAGGAAAGCGAUUCUGAAGAAACUACGUGUAGAGUCAAGGAGGAGUAA